AUGGAACGGAUAGCGCGCCGCGCCGUUGGCAGCGACGGUUAUGCUGGGAGGAUUCGCCCUGGCCCCCGAACUGCCUACGCUGAAGCUCCCGAGAGCAGCCAGUCCAAGAAGCCCAUCUACGACGACCCGGAGCUCCCCGCGACGAGCGGGACUCUCCCUCCUCCGAUCCCCCGGGCCGAGCAGCCUCCUCCGUCCGAAGAACCCAAGACCCGAGGACCUACUCCCACCGACCGUCUCGCCGUCCAGAUCGGCAAGGCGCGCCUGGCCCUCUACCAGUACGCCGUCGGCGCCGAGGAUGCCGUCAACCGGACGAUGGACAAGGCCUUCAAUCUCGAGCAGUCCUUCACCAGCACGAUCGCAUCCCUCGCUCCCCCCCGUGAGAGCGGCGAGAAGCUGAUGCCCGGAGCCAUCUACGUCCUCGUCGCCGCCAUGGCUGGCAGCAUCGUCACGCGCAACCGCAGUAUCGUUCUGCGCGCCACUGCCCCUCUGGCCCUCGGCAUCACCGCCGGCUGGACCGUCCUGCCCAUCACCAUGGGUAACGUCUCCAACCUUGCGUGGAAGUACGAGCAGCGGUUCCCCGUCGUCGCCCAGGGCCACCUCAAGCUCCGCGAGAGCAUCGAGAAUAGCUGGCGGAUGGCGAGACUCCACAGCGAGAUUGGUGUACGAUAUGUCGAUGAGAAGGUCACGGAUGCCCGGGAAACCGUUGAGGACUGGGUGAAGAAGGGCAAAUAA